AUGAGUGAAAGUGAUGGUGACAAAAAUGUGACGCGCCGGGCGCAACGUGCUCCGGAGGCGCGCGAUCACACGAUACGUGACGGAUCCGACACGACAUCGUCGUCGAACUUUAAAAUUAAAGUUCCACCAUUUUCUCCCGAUGACCCGGAGCUGUGGUUCGCGAUGAUUGAAGGUCAGUUCGACGUACAAAAAAUAACGGACGACCACAUAAAAUUCACGAAUGUUGUCACAAAUUUAGACAUUCAGUACGCUAAGUCGGUCAAAGACAUAAUCGUGGCACCUCCUUCAACGGACCGCUACGAAAAAAUAAAACAAGAAUUGAUUAAAAGACUUUCUGCGUCCCACGAAAAGAAAGUAAAACAGCUGUUGAUUCACGAGGAGCUUGGCGACCGGAAACCGUCCCAAUUCUUACGCCAUCUACAGGACCUUGGUGGACAUUCCGUGUCAGAUAAUUUAUUGAAGUCUAUAUGGACUAAUCGGCUUCCUCACAAUAUCCAGACCGUUCUCGUAUCUCGGGACUCCGAUACUUUGGAGCAAUUGGCAGAUCUGGCAGACCGUAUCCAGGAGUUGGCGUCACCGUAUACUGUUGUUGCUAUGUCGACCGGUACUUCGCAGUCUAGUAGCAGUAACGAGAUUGCAGACCUGAAGAAGAUGGUCAAGGAGCUCACACUCAAACUUGAAUCCCAUACCAGAGCCUCAUGCUGUACUACCUCACGCUCCAGACCGCGCGAGCGUAACCGUUCCAGUUCACGACAGCGACAGCGUUCUUCUUCUAACUACAAUAAGCAUCCGUUAUGCUGGUACCAUGCCAAAUUUGGGAAGAAGGCUCACAGAUGCAUUAAGCCUUGUGACUUUGUUGCUGAUAAGGUGGGAAACGCCUUCGGCAGUCAGUGA